AUGGUUCAGGCACCGUCAGAGCUCCUUGCCCUCGUCCUGGGUUUUAUCGGGCUGGUCGGAACCGCGGCGACAACGGGGCUUCCCAUGUGGAAGGUGACAGCCUUCAUUGGAGAAAACAUCAUUGUCAUGGAGACACGCUGGGAAGGCCUGUGGAUGAACUGUUUUAGACAAGCCAACAUCAGGAUGCAGUGUAAGGUGUACGACUCUCUGUUGUUCUUGCCUCCAGAGCUGCAGGCUGCCAGAGGGCUCAUGUGCUCUGCCGUGGCUCUUUCUGCGCUGGGGCUGAUAGUGUCUGUCGCCGGGCUUCGUAGUGUUUCCUGUAUGAAAGAACACGUGCGCAUUAAAAGCCUCAUUCUCAUGGUUGCUGGAGCAAUGCAGAUCCUGGCCUCAGUUUGUGUCUACAUCCCAGUUUCCUGGACUGGUCACGCGAUCAUCCGAGAUUUCUACAACCCACUGCUCAUAGAUGCUCAACGCAGGGAACUGGGAGAAGCUCUAUACAUUGGCUGGGUGACGGGCGCCUUUCUAUUUGCCUCGGGGCUAGUGUUUAUUUGCUGUCGCAUGCGGUCAGAAUCAGGAUCGUUUGAUGUGUACCAAGCUGGAUUUGGAGCCAACAAACCCACCCUAACCGGGUUCAAUCCUCUCUCCAGCACCUUGAGUUCAAUGACCCAGCAGCCUCUUUUGCAUAGGAGCAGUCUCUCCAGUCACCAGCGAGCUCCAUCUGUUUAUAGUGCUGCUCCUGGAUCUACUGUCCUUCAACCAGCAUUGUAUAAUGGUGCUGCGCUACAGAGCAUGCCAUUAGUGUACAAUGGCAACCCCAUGGUACAGCAGCCUGCCUCUCCUAGCCCUAACAUGGUGGGAGCCUUGUCUAUUCCUGGGGAUCCCAUAUAUCACAGUCAGCAGUCUAUGCCACUCAGCAGCCAACUCUCUGCUCCUUACAGCUUAUACAGCGCAAACUCCAGCUUCCAUCCAGUACCACAAAACCCUGUCUUCAUAGGCUACAAUUAUUCUAGAGUGGCACCACAUAGCGCUCAUUCAAGCAGCCCCGGUAUGUACAUAUGA